CAGGAAGCUCGUCCAUGGAAGCCCCUCCCACUGCACUGGGUCAUGGUUGUCAUGACAACACGAAGCGCCACAGGGCUAACUCGUUCGUGUUUUCCGUCCAGGAGGUCUUAAAAUCGGUUUACAUCUUGUAAAGUCAAGCUAAAAAAGAAGGAGGAGCUGUCAUGUCUGAUCUGCCCAAAGACAAAUCCCAGAAAAGAGAGAAGGGCAAGGCGCCCUCAGAGGGAAGCCAUGGAGUCAGAGGCAAAAAAACACCUGGCAGGACUAAGGACUCUAUAAGUACUACGUCCUGCAUAGAUGAACUAGGGCAUCAUGAAGACAACACGCGGAUAACAAUGGAGAACACCUACCAGUUGGGGCCACUUAAACGCUUCCCGGUGUCUGCUGUCACAGACAUACUGAAGGAUGUACUCACCAGUUACCUCCAAGAGGAGAAAUAUGAAGUGGAGUGGUCUCAAAAAAUGACAAAAACAAUAUGUGAGGUCAUAAGAGCCCGUGUGAAGGACCUCAUGAUUCCCAGAUAUAAGACCGUCGUCCUGGUCCACAUCGGUCAGCGCACCGGGCAGAGCAUGCAAAUCAGCAGCCGCUGUCUGUGGGAUGCAACUAAUGACACCUUCACCUCUUACUCCUUCAAGAACAGCUCUCUGUUUGGUUUGGCAACUGUCUACGCUGUUUACUCUGAGUGAAUCACGCAGACAAUGAAUGGACUCUAAUAAGACCACGACGCUGACUUUAGUCAUGCAUUUCACACAGUUUUCUUUAUCUGGGUGUAUAUUUUGUAAUGUAUAACGUGAUAAAACAAGGAUUUGCAACCAAAA